UUGUAUCUUACAUUCACCAUAACCUUUCACCGGUGUAGCUGCAGCUACGGUGUGUUUUGAAGGAAGAAACAAAACCAGUAAUGGUGUUUUUCAGUUUUAAUGAGAUCAAGUCGAAAGAGACUUUGAUUGGACUUGUGUUGGGACAGAUCCUCUCCCUUCUCUCUACUUCCAUUAGCUUUACAACCUCUGAGCUCGCCAGAAAAGGGAUCAAUGCUCCAACAUCACAGUCAUUUUUGGGUUAUUUGUUACUGGCAAUUGUCUAUGGAAGUAUAAUGCUGUAUCGAAGACCUGUGGUUAAGGCCAAGUGGUAUCAUUACUUCCUGCUUGCUUUAGUUAAUGUGGAGGCCAACUUUCUAGUUGCAAAGGCUUUUCAGUACACAUCAAUGACAAGUGUCAUGUUACUAGACUGCUGGGCGAUCCCUUGCGUUUUGGUGUUGACAUGGGUUUUUCUAAAGACAAGAUACAGUUUGAUGAAGAUCUGUGGUGUGGUUGUGUGUAUUGUUGGUGUCGUGAUGGUUGUUUUCUCAGACGUACAUGCUGGGGAUCGAGCUGGAGGGAGUAAUCCUGUAAAAGGAGAUCUUCUUGUAAUAGCUGCUGCAACCUUGUUUGCUGUCAUUAAUACCAGCGAGGAGUUCUUCGUGAAGAAUGCAGACAGAGUUGAACUCAUGUCCUUUCUGGGACUUUUCGGCGCAAUCAUCAGUGCUAUUCAGAUAAGCAUAUUUGAACGUGAUGCGCUCAACGCUGUUAACUGGUCAAUAGAAGCUGUUUUGCCUUACCUUGGUAUUGCAAUCUGUGGGUUUCUAUUCUACUCUAUACUCACAGUCUUACUCAAGACCAAUGGUACUGCAAUGUUCACACUCUCGUUACUCACAUCAGACAUGUGGGCGGUUCUGAUCCGCAUUUUCGCUUACCAUGAGAAGGUUGAUUGGCUCUAUUACUUGGCAUUUGCUACUACAGCCAUUGGACUGAUCAUAUACUCAAUGAAGGAGAAUGAUCAGGAGAAACAGAGAAGUGGAGAAGUGGUAGAUGAAGAGAGAAAGCUGUUAGAUGAGGAAGAUGGUGAUUCACUUCGAGACAGGCUUAUAGAUGCUUCCACCUGAACACAAAGCCUGAGGUUUCAUGUUGACUAUGUUGAGAGAUUACAUUAUUACUUCCAGCAACAAGAAAGGGACUUUUUGUGUGGAAAAAAAGUUUGUAAUUUAUAACAAUUGGUAGCUAUAAACAGGGGUAAAGGUUUUAUUAAUCUUAACAAAGUUGUAAAAAACAAAACAAGAGAUUGGGGAUUAAUACAUAAGUUACUUUCAA